AUGAGGUGCUUCCUGCUGGAGGCGCUGCCUACUGCUCAGCCCUUUGCCCUCACCUGCAGCCAGCCCCGCCUGCUGACUCCCAGGACUCUCUGCCCUGGGACUGCUUGCCAUCUGGAGAUCUUCCUGGAGACACAACUGUUUCUAGCAAAGGCCAAGGCUCACCCCUCCAUGAGUACGCCAAACCAAACUACUGAGGGGCCCUCGGAGUUCCCCACAGCAGCAGUCACGUCCCCUGGACUGGGCACUGGGACUCGGGCAUGGCCGGUGCUGGUGGGAGUUGUGUUAGGGGCUGUGGUCCUCUCUCUCCUCAUUGCACUUGCUGCCAAAUGCCACCUCUGCCGCCAAUACCAUGCCAGCUACCAGCACCAUCCACUGCCAGAGUCAAGGAAGAGGAACUGCCCAGAGAUCGGUGAAGAUGAGGAUGACGAUGGCUUCAUUGAGGAUAAUUACAUUCAGCCUGGGGUUGGUGGGCUGGGCCCAGAAGGUGGCAGGGAUCACUUCUCCCUCUGA